AGGUCAAGCAGUGGUGGGAGGAAGACGUGUUGGUCAAAGGAAUGGCAGAGGACAGGCACCCCUUCUGAGAGGUUGUCGUGGGCCUCGUUUGAGAGGUGUGGGGGAACGUGGUAGAGGACAAGACCAAGACAGCGGCAGCAAAAGCAUAGAGUGUCCAAUGAAAUUCGGGCAAUAGUUGUAGACCAUGUCAUAAAUCAUGGCAUGAAAAUGGCGGCUACAAUGAUACAACCAAACCUCAGAAGGUUAACCGAUGAGAACUGAAUUGUGACCAGGCCAAAUAGUGGAAGCAGAGGCAAAAUUCUAACUGACCAACAAGAGCAGGCUGUGGUCAAUUUGGUUCGGGCCAGAAAUGAUAUUCGCCUUACAGAAAAUCACCAGCAUAUCUUGGACAAUGAAGACAUGUUCAACAAUGUGGGAUCCAUAAGUUUGCCAACUAUUGCACGCAUACUGAAAAGGCACCAGGUAUCUAUAAAACAACUGAACUGUGUGCCUUUCGAAAGAAAUGCAGACAGAGUGAAGCAAAUGAGGACUGAGUAUGUUCAGAGGGUGAUGGAGCUGGAUGCUGAAUACGACCAUCACAAAUUCAUAUAUUUGGAUGAGGCAGGUUUUAAUCUGGCCAAGACAAGUAGGAGAGGUCGAAAUUUCAUUGGCCAGCGGGCAACCAUCCAAGUACCUGGACAACGUGGGGCCAACAUCACCAUGUGUGCGGCUAUAUCAGAAGAUGGUGUGGUGGGACGCAGACCUCAUAUUGGACCAUAUAAUGCAGCUCUCCUUGUCACCUUUCUUGAUGAGCUUGAUCAGACUGAGGAAUUUUUCUCCGCAUGGAGAUGGAAGGUUCAUGACAGGCACCCUCAUGAACAAGUCACUCUUCUCCAGGCCAUGGAUGACGCCUGCAAUGACAUCACAGCAGACCAGUGUCAGGCCUGGAUUCGCUAUGCCCGAAGGUUUUUUCCAAGAUGUUUGGCUAAUCAAAACAUCCAUUGUGAUGUAGAUGAGAACCUGUGGCCAAAUCCACAACACAGAGUUGAUGACAAUGUAGAAGUACAGUAAUCACUCCUGUUUUGUUUCUUACAGUACAAGCAAGCAAGUUGAGGAACACUGCAUUUGAUGUUUUACAGUACUGUGUUUUCUUUUCUAUUUCAUAGCUUUUUGCUUUGAUUCAAAUAAACUUAUGUUGUGAUUGUACUGUAGUGUUUUGCAUCAAUAUAUUACAAACUUUGUUCAAUGAUUCCACUGUGUCUGUAGUAUUCUCUCUACUACUGCAGU